AUGGCCGACUUUGUCAAAUUGAGCAUUUUUGGUACGGUGUUCGAGGUGACGACGUAAGUUGACGGUGCGCCAGUGCUGUGAUUCACGCCGAGCAUUGUCAAUGUGCACGCGUGCGCUUGCUCAUCCUCGGUCCAGCCGCGCCUGGCGGCGGGCUGGGCCCUCCGAGGGUGAUCUGCACACUUCGGAUCCGAGUGCGGUGACGCAGGCGUUGAUGUAGAUCGGAGCAACAUACAUGUCCGGGGAGGGCUUCCGACUAUGGAUCGUGACUGACCCUUGCUUCGUUUCCAUCUGCGGCUGCUGAUUGCCGUACCAAUCGCCUUGCCCGACCAGUCGUUAUGUCGAUCUGCAGCCUGUUGGGAUGGGCGCCUUCGGUCUGGUGUGCUCUGCAAAGGAUGAGGUCAGUGCUAUGUCUGCAGCUUCACUGCAGUAAUUCCUGAUCGUAACUGAGGCGGCUGGAACGUUAUGACCUCGGUUUCCCUGGCUCGUCGAGUAACAGUUGACUGGAACUUCAGCCGCCAUCAAGAAGAUGUAAGCCUUUCGGAGCCAGCGAUCUUCGUCUUCUCUUGUCUGGACUCGCCGAACGUCGAUUGACCCGUCGGCAACAUCUUUUGCUCGUACAGCAUGAAGCCAUUCAGUGCGUAGGCGUUUUGCUCGGUUCCACACGCUACGAGAGAAGCUUACACCGCGAUCCUUCCGCAAACCCACUUUCUCCUUCCCUGCCACUCCCACAGGCACACCCGUACUUGCCAAGCGAACGUAUCGCGAGCUCAAGCUGCUGAAACACAUUCAGCACGAAAAUAUCAUCUCCUUGUCCGACAUCUUUAUCUCCCCCCUGGAGGACAUCUACUUCGUCACCGAACUGCUCGGAACGGAUCUGCACCGACUUCUGACCAGUCGCCCGCUGGAGAAGCAAUUCAUUCAGUACUUCUUGUACCAAAUCUUGGUACGUCCUCGUGCUUUCGUCCCCUUUCAUCUUAACCGCAGCGCAUACUGCUGCUGACUUCCUUUUCUCCUGCCAUCUGGUUUCCUACUUCGCGAUGCAGCGUGGACUCAAGUAUGUUCACUCUGCCGGAGUAGUCCAUCGUGAUCUUGUCAGUCUUUCUGUCCCACAGCAGUUUCUGGAGAUGGCCUAGUCAAGGAACUGUGCUCAACCUCUUUUGACUCUGGAUUACAUACACAGAAACCUUCCAACAUCCUCGUCAACGAGAACUGCGAUCUCAAAAUCUGCGACUUUGGACUGGCGCGACUGGCUGACCCCCAAAUGACGGGCUACGUCUCAACUCGAUACUAUCGAGCACCCGAGAUCAUGCUGACGUGGCAGAAAUACGACGUUGCUGGUGCGUUGAUACACACGAUGGAAUGCCAGUGACGACUGCUGACGCGCGUUGCUCUCUGUCUGCGACAGUGGACAUCUGGAGCGCUGGUUGCAUCUUUGCUGAGAUGCUCGAGGGACGACCUCUCUUCCCGGGCAAAGAUCGUAAGCUCGCAAGCCCUUUUGUAUCUGACGACGAUUGCGUGUUCCUGACUGCCAUCCUAUUCCUUCCGCCGUUGCCUGGCGGUGCGUAGAUGUGAAUCAGUUCUCAAUCAUCACCGAACUGCUCGGGACCCCGCCAGAGGACGUCAUUCAAACCAUCUGCAGCGAAAACGUGAGCGCCCAGGAUUUAUUCCGUGCACGGCGGCGCUAGAGCCUGCGCUGAGCACUACGCAACGCUUCUAACCCCUACAGACUUUGCGCUUUGUGCAAUCGCUGCCAAAACGAGAGAGAAUCCCUUUUGCACAAAAGUUCCGUGGGGCCGACCCGCUCGCCCUCGACUUGUUGGAGAAGAUGCUCGUAUUCGACCCGCGUACGCGCAUCGACGCUACACAGGCCCUUGCCCAUGAAUAUCUUGCUCCCUACCACGACCCUUCCGACGAACCUGUUGCGCCUGAAGCUUUCGACUGGAGUUUCAACGAUGCCGAUCUACCGGUCGACACAUGGAAGGUCGGUUCGCACUGCACACAUGUGGAGAACUGCACGAUCCUCGGCGCUCACUCGGCUUCUUUCUUUCCACAGAUCAUGAUGUACAGCGAAAUUCUCGACUUCCACAACAUCGAGAACGCCGACACUACGGAAGGGGCUGUUGCUGCGCCGACUGCGCCAGCCGCGCCUGCAGCAUAG